CAAAUUGUAAUAAAUGUAGAUACACAUUAAAUUAUAUAUAAGAAUGCUGAAGCUUGCUUAUUUACACCCAUCAUACUUGUAGUGUUGCCAAAACGCAACACACGAUCUCACUUUUAGCUGGCUUCUGUUCAUAUAGUUCAUUUAUUACAAUGGGGUUCGAAGAAAUAAUGGGGAAGAUGUCCCGUAAAAAGCCGGCACAUAUCAUCUUGGCCCAGGAAGCCGUCCACGAGGAAUCCGGCAUUGUUAAGUUAUCUCUGUUCGAUCUAUUGUGCAUCGGAAUUGGAUGCACAAUCGGAAGUGGUGUGUUUGUGUUGACUGGUGAUGUGCUCACAGUCUCCGGACCUUCUGCUGUAGUGUCAUGGCUGAUUGCUGGGUUUAUCUGUCUGCUCUCGGGAUUUAGUUACAUGGAGCUGUCGUCGCGUGUGCCCACAUCUGGGUCUUGUUAUUCCUACGCCUACUUCGGGCUUGGAGAAGCGAUGGGUUUUCUGGGAGGCAUCUGCCUUACUCUCGAAUACGGUAUCUCUGGUGCCGGUGUAGCCCGUUCAUGGUCUGCUAAGAUUAUCUACACGGUAGAGAACUUCACUGGAUACUCUAUGUCAUACUUCCAUAUUGACUAUCCCGGAAAUGACGGCGACAUUGAUGCCUACGUUGAUCUUCUCGCGGGUAUCGUCAUGGCACUGUCUGUAAUUAUUCUCGCUGUGGGUCUGAAGAUGGGUAAGGUUGUUAUCAACGCCUUCACUAUUGCCAAGGUGUGCCUGGUGACCUUUAUGAUCAUUUGUGGAUUGGCGUCGUGGACCCAGUCGGGCUACGGCUUCGACGCCUACAGUUCCACCGAUGAGUUCCUGCCCUUCGGAAUUGGUGGUAUGCUUUUGGGUGCAUCCAAAUUGUUCUUUGGCUUCAUCGGCUUCGAUGAGGUUGCCUGUCUAGCUGGACGUUCCAACAACCCUCGUAAGACCAUGCCUUUGGCUAUUGGCGGUACUCUUCUUGCCGCUACCGUUAUCUCUACUCUCGCCCAGUUUGCCUUGGGUGGUGCAGUCAUUCCCUGCGAAACUCACCCGACCUGGGAUGCAGAGAACCCUGACGCCGCGCCAUGUUCUGAGAUUCCUUCUUUCUCGGAGGCCUUCCUAUUGGUCGGUUGGACAUGGGCAUCCUAUAUUGUCGCCUGGGGAGAAGCUAUUCUGCUACCCAUUGUAGUUCUGCUUUCCUUCAUUGCGCAGCCCGAGCUUAUGGCUGCUAUGGCCAUUGAUGGUAUGCUUCCUAUCAUCUUUGCCAAGGAGAACAAGGAGGGUAACUUGACUAUGGGAACAAUCAUCUCCGGUAUUGCCAUGACUCUCAUUGCCAUGUUGGUACCUUUCGAUAUUCUCUGGGAUAUGAUCUCUCUGGGUGUACUGCUAUCGUUCUGUAUCACAAACACAUCUCUUAUCGCGGUUCGUCUCUCCGGUAGCAACGGAAACACCAAGGUUACUGGAUGUCUGUUAUAUGUCUGGGUCGCUGGCUUCAUCUCCGCUUACAUGCUCUGGAAGGGUUACCUCGAGGAGUACUUCAACAUCGAUAUCCCCGAUGACGAGAAAGACUUGAACGAUGUUAUUCUGUGGAUUGCUGUUGCACUGGCUGCCUCUGUUGUUGGUAUCUUAAUCAUAAUGAGCUUCAUGUUCAAGGAAACAGAUGAGUCCAAGGCUGAGAAGGGACGUGUGUUCCGAUCGCCCCUUGUGCCUCUUCUACCCGGAAUUGGUAUCUACCUUAACGCCUUCCUGAUGUCUCAGAUCUCCUGGAUGAACCUUCUUUACUUGGUUUGCGCCAUCGUAGCGGGUUACCUAUGGUACUUCGCAUAUGGAAUCAGGAACUCGGCCAGAGAAUUCGAUGAUGAUGCGUCUUCAGAUUUGCCUAAGGGACGUCACUCUAGACGACCCUCCGAAUACAUCGCUGACGCGCUUACUGGAGAGACACACAAGAAAGACCUUGAUGACAUGGACAUGGCCGAAUCGCAGGUCGAGCUUGACGAGAAAUAAGUUGGAAGGUCAAGCAAGGAACCUUAAUAGUAAAUAGAUGUGACAUAUACCUACUGGAAAUAUCGGUUUGGCGGGCGGGCGAUAUGUGAAUGUUUUACGUCAUCCACUGUCAGUCGAAAGAAUAAAACGAAUUUAGGAUUGCAUCA